UCCAUACACGUAUUAGCAUACAAUCCUUUUCUUGCUGCAGCAGAGUCCCCGGGAUGCCAUGAACACAAAAUUAAAAAACAGAGACCGCCCGCGCAAGGUGGAAUCUUUGAGCGGCUAUAAAGCCAAAAGAGUCCUUCGGACAACGACGAUCACAAGUCACCCCGCCGUUAAUCUCCCUUUUCCAAGCAUGAGUUCCUGUGCCCUCAUUCCAUUAUCAGUCAGACCCAUGGAAGGAAGAAAAGUUCCGCCUUGCCACUACUUAUUCAAAAUCGAGUCCUUCUCGUUUCUUUCAAAGGCUUCAGUCGAAAAUUACACCUCGGAAGAGUUCGAGGCAGGGGGCUACAAAUGGACUCUAUCCGUAUACCCGACUGGCAACAAAAUAAAAGACGGGCAAGGUCAUAUCUCAGUAUACUUGAACUUGAUGGUUUCAAGCUCAAGCUCAUUUCCGGAUGGUUGGGAGGUCAAUGCCAUUGUUAAUUUGUUUGUAUACGAUUUUCUUCGUGACGAGUAUUUUUCUUAUCAAGACGCAAGCACGAGGCAUUUUCAUAAGCUGCAAACUGAAUGUGGCAUCUCAAAAUUCGUCGACAUCGUCUCGUUCAAUGACCCUUCAAAUGGAUAUCUGGUUGAAGAUGCCUGCGUUUUUGGAGCCGAAGUCUUUGUCGUCAAGCCUCCUGAAGAAGAAUGCUUGUCAAUGAUAGAUGAACCCCCUCCUCUUUCUUAUAGGUGGAAAUUCGACAAUUUCUCUAGAGUUAGUUUAGAAAAGUACGAGUCCGAACUGUUCCUUGCUGGAAACUACAGAUGGAGACUCGCUUUCUACCCCAAUGGGACAGGUGAGGGCAAAGGUAAUAGUGUCUCGCUGUUCCUGACCGUAGACCCUUCGUCAAUCCCACCUAACACUAAAUUAUAUGUGCACUGCAUUUUGCGUGCCAAGGACCAAAUCAAGGGACAGCAUGCAGAAACAAAAUUCUAUAGGCACUUCUCCAGCUCGAGUCCCACAUGGGGAUCAAGAAUGUUCGUGCCAUUGGCCAAGUUCAAGGACCCAACUAAGGGCUUUUUGGAAGGAAAUAGUUGCAUCCUCGAAACGGAAUUUAAAGUUAUGGGAUUAGUUAAAACCCCUUGUUGAUCAAGCUCUCCAGAGUUUACGUACGAUCAAAGAUUUUAUUGUAACACUUUUUGGGCCUUUGAGCCCCGUUGUAUUACCCC